UCCGGGAUUCAGUCAGGACGCAGUUACUGUCGGGAGCAGACGUGUGAAAAUCGGGCCAAUAAACGCCACCGAAACAUAUAGAACUCAGCCAUCAAACAUAAACGUCCCAGUUUCCCACCUUCCACUUCCAUAUUCCUUUGAAAGGCCGAAGUUAUUUUAAAGUUCCGAUACAAAUAAGCAAAGUUAACUAAAAUAGAAAGGCAAUCCCACCAAUAAGCAAACAAAUAAACCAUCUACCACCAAUCAAACCGAAAGCGAACCACCCACCACCCAGCAAACAAAAAGGAAUCACCUUGAAAACGGCAUAGGGUGAAAGUGUAUAUAGGAAGCCAUUGGGCAGUAGGACGAGUACGGCCGGAAAGUGGGCCACCAAAUCAACAAGUCGUAAAUUAGCCCACUCCCAGGGAUUGUCCAUUAAGAAGGGGUAUCCAAUCCUCCAGGAAAAUGGCGCGACGGAAGGACAAACCGCGGGUGAUUCCCGAACAGGAUACGCGCAUCUGUCGCGCCAUCUGCCUGUGCCAACUGACCAUGGUGCUGUCCUGCGUGUCCAUCGUCUACCUGAGCGUGGCCAUCUACUCGCCCUCCCUGAAGGCCUUCAAGUCGGGCUUCGAACACGAUCCGGUCAUGUGCCAAACGGUGGACCGCCAGAUGCCCAACAACUGCCCCUGGGCAUCCUGCGGCGAAUGGUGCCUGACCAAGACCAGUGGCUUCUGUCCCCAAAUCCACUCCAUAGUGCGUCGCAAUGGCACGGACAUCCAGCUGAACAACUGCACCAGGGUGACCAACACAUCCUGUGCCAUGAUUGACCUGAGUCGCCUGAACAAGUUCAAUUGCAACAAUGGCACCGCCUGCAACAACAUCAGAGGAGUGUUUAACUGCUCCAAUGGACACUGCAAGAACAUGUCGGAGUUCUUCCUGUGCCACCACAAGGCCGAUGGGCAUACGAUUAACUCGCAAAAGGAUAACACCAAACUGAAUGGAUUCUUUGAGUGCCAUGGGGUGCACUGCACCAAGAUUAAGAAGCCCUUCAGUUGCGAUCGCUAUUGCUCCAAGAUAACAACAGCGAAUGUGAAUACGCUUAUUAUGCAUGAGGACAACCUAAUCACAGCUGAUUGCGAGAACGCAGUGGCCUUCAACCAGGCCCGAGGAUCCGAGCAUGGCGUCCGCAUCGAACCCUUUGAGUUCUGGAAGGAGGACGAUGGCAACCUGUUGACCAACUGCGCUACGGUCACCCGAGAGUCCGACAAUCGCAUCACUGCCACGGAUUGCCUGAAUGGAACGCUUUUGGAACAUGACACUUUGCCCGCUCCCUUCAUGAACUUCACCCAGUUUUGGGCUAUCUAUGAUAACAGCACCAGGUCGGUGGAUCCCGAGCAGAGGUACCUGCCCAACCAGGCCAACUUGACCAUCUACAGCUGGAAGAAACUGUUUAUCAAUCUGGAGGGCUGCGUUAAUACCCUCAAAGGGGAGUGCAAGGACUUUGUGGCUCGCUAUGGCAACGAUGGCGACAACAACACUGCCCAGUCACGCUACCAGUGUUACUAUAACAAGGAUUCAAAUGUGGAGUUUGUGGUGGCACGCUAUGACUUGGAUAAGGUCUACAGAGAGCUACUGGUGUCGUUGAUAGUGCCCAUUGUACUGUUCGUGGUGUCCUCUAUUUCGCUUUGCAUCAUCACCAAGUCCGUCAAGGUGGGUGACGAUGCCAAGAUGCGUUGUGUUUGUGCCGGUGAUGAGUCGGAUAACGAUGAGGUCUUUGGUCCGGGAUUGGCCACCAAACAGCAGGAUCAGAUGUACGAUACGGACGACGAUGUGGUCGACCUGGAGCACCAGGCCAUUGGAGGUCAGGAGCUCUCGGACCAUGGACUUCCGCUAGACAAUCAAGAGAUGAUCGGCAGCACCAAGUCACUGAUACCACUUAGUCCUACAGGAGAUUCGGGAACCAGUGAGCCGAAUUUCGACCAGGAUCAGGAGAAGGCUACAACAUGCGAUGUGCCGGAGAAACCACUCGUAAUACUUUAAGCGGAUUAACCGCAACUUGCAAGGCAAGUUUCGCAUUAAAAAAAAAAGGAUUCCGAAGAGGAUUACUUUUGGAAGACCAUGAAAAAACAGCACCAAACUUUAUGGACCUGUGCAUUGUACAAGGGGAACUGAAUUUAAAUUCUACUCAGCGCAUUUAUACAACGUUUAUACACUAACUAGCAGAACAGAACAGAACAGAACGGUUCUUUACUUUUCUUGGUUAAAUAAGGAUAAUCACACAUAUAUACUGGUUAUAUAGCCUCAGAUGAACACAACGAGUUGAAGAUGGCCGAGCUUUAUUUACCCGAUCCCCACUCUAGAAGUUCAGAAGCGGAUGCGCCUUAGACAAAGUUGCAUUUAUAUAGCGUAUAUAGCAUAAACCAACUGACAUCUGCUGAACAAAAACAAGAAAAAAAGAAACAAAAACAAAAACAAACCAGGACAGACCAAGGAAGUAGCCUCCUCUAGACAAAGGAUAAAUAGGCAUCCGAAUCGCCUUAACUCUCGACUUUGUAGCUAUGCAAUAUUCAACGUUUUCUUAAACUAGUUUAACCGGUGGAGCAGCAGUACCUACUUAUAUCUGAUAUAUACAUAUAUCUUAUACUCGUAUUAUAGCAAAUAAAACACC